AUGGGUACCCAAAAAGGUCAACGAGCCGAAAGGAUGAACACAUACAGUAGGUGCCGACCCACACGUAAGCAAGAUACACUGAAGUUCAAACAAAUAAUAUAUCUGGUGAACAAGGCAAAGAUUGCAAGCCCAUUUGGAAAUGAAAUUUACCGCCAGAACAGUAGUGGUUCAGCCAGAUACGAUCUUAGCAUCAUUGUGAAGCGGUCCCGGAGGAUGUAUAAGGUAAGGACUUCUAAGAUUAGGGUCCAGUUCGAAUUCAAUUCUGAGGACGGUUCGACGGCAGUAAGAUUGGUAAUCCGACAGAUCAUCAGGAGCGACAGUUCAAGUGAAUCGACAGUAGCGUAG